AAUGUCAUUCCCAGCCCCACAUCCCACACUGCCUUGAUAAGUUUGGCUCAGCAGGAAAGUGACCCAGAGGGGGCUUCAGCCGCCCUUGUGUGGGGAAGGGUGGGGGGCUGCUUGUAGGACAAAGGAGAGCCGAAGAAGGGACAAGACAACUCUGUCUGGAGGAAGCAACUGAAGGGGAGUGAUCAUGGAGACCACUUUGGCCCAAGAUGACAGCUUGAAGAAAAAGCAACAAAAGGAAAAAGCUAAGAAAGCAGCCCUGGAACUUCCUCCCAGGCCUCCCCGAGCUCUCUUCUGCCUCACUCUCCAGAACCCAGUGCGCAAGGCCUGCAUCGCUAUUGUGGAAUGGAAACCCUUUGAGACCAUUAUCCUGCUAACCAUCAUUGCCAACUGUGUAGCACUGGCUAUCUACCUGCCCAUGCCUCAUGAUGAUACAAACAAAAUGAAUACAAGACUGGAAAAAUUAGAAUACUUCUUUCUUAUAGUAUUUGCCAUUGAGGCAGCGAUGAAGAUCAUUGCCUAUGGAUUUCUAUUCCAUGCAGAUGCCUACCUCCGAAGUGGCUGGAAUGUGUUGGAUUUUACCAUAGUCUUUCUAGGAGUCAUUACAGUCAUCCUGGAGAGAAUCCAUGUAAUGGAAAAUGCGCUGCUUAGUGGACAAGGCUUUGAUGUCAAAGCUUUAAGAGCCUUUCGAGUCCUGCGGCCCCUGCGCCUGAUAUCGGGAAUACCAAGUCUGCAAGUGGUACUGAACUCCUUAGUCAAAGCCAUGCUGCCCCUGUUUCACAUUGCUGUGCUGGUUGUCUUUAUGAUCAUUAUCUAUGCCAUCAUGGGGCAGGAGCUUUUCAAGGGCAAGAUGCACAAGACCUGCUAUUACAAUGGGACAGACAUCUUGGCUACUGUGGAAGGUGUCAAACCGGCUCCGUGUACAAGCGCAGGCCAUGGGCGCCAAUGUACUAUCCCCGGUUCUGAGUGCAGGGGCAAGUGGCCAGGACCCAACAAUGGCAUCACCCACUUCGAUAACAUUGGGUUUUCUAUGCUGACUGUUUUCCAAUGUAUUUCCAUGGAGGGGUGGACUCAAGUCCUCUACUGGGUAAAUGAUGCCAUUGGCAAUGAGUGGCCCUGGAUCUACUUUGUUAGCCUCAUCUUACUUGGGUCAUUUUUUAUCCUUAACCUGAUCCUGGGCGUGCUGAGUGGGGAGUUCAGCAAAGAGCGUGAGAAAGCAAAAUCACGGGGUACUUUCCAGAAACUGAGGGAAAAGCAGCAACUAGAGGAGGACAUGAAAGGCUACAUGGACUGGAUUGUACAUGCAGAAGUCAUGGACAGUGAACGGACACGUGGUGAAGGAAUGUCAUCAGAUGAAGGCGGCUCAGAGACAGACAGCCUCUACGAGAUUGAAGGCAUGAAUAAAUGGAUUCUUUUUUUUCGACACUGGCGUCGAUGGAAUCGUCUUUUCCGGAGAAAAUGUCGUGAAGUGGUUAAGUCUAAGUUUUUCUAUUGGUUUGUGAUCAUCAUAGUUGCUUUCAACACCAUCUCAAUUGCCUCUGAGCAUCACAAUCAGCCGAACUGGCUCACCCAUGUCCAAGACAUUGCCAACCGGGUUCUUCUGGCCCUUUUUACAAUUGAGAUGAUUCUGAAGAUGUAUGCUCUAGGCUUUCGUCAGUACUUCAUGUCCAUCUUCAACCGUUUUGAUUGUCUUGUGGUGUGCACUGGCAUCCUGGAGCUCAUACUGGUGGAGAUUAUCUCAAUGACACCCCUGGGCAUCUCCGUUUUGCGGUGCAUUCGGCUGCUGAGACUCUUCAAGAUAACUAAGUAUUGGACAUCUCUGAACAACUUAGUGGCAUCUCUUCUGAAUUCAGUGCGCUCCAUCGCCUCACUCCUCACCCUACUCUUCCUCUUCAUUUCCGUCUUUGCCCUGCUAGGAAUGCAGCUUUUUGGAGGAAAGUUUGAUUUUGAUGAUACAGAGAUACGGCGCAGCACCUUUGAUAACUUCCCCCAGGCUCUCAUCACUGUUUUCCAGGUCCUGACUGGAGAAGACUGGACUUCAGUUAUGUACAAUGGGAUUCUGUCUUAUGGAGGACCAAGCUAUCCUGGGAUCCUAGUCUGCCUUUACUUUGUUGUUCUCUUUGUCUGUGGGAACUAUAUCUUACUCAAUGUCUUCUUGGCUAUUGCUGUUGACAAUCUUGCUGAGGCUGAAACAUUAACUUCUGCUCAGAAAGACAAAGCUGAGGAGAGAAGGAGAAAGAAAAUGGGCAGAGGUUAUCCUGAGAAAUCUGAAGAGGAAAAAAUGUCACUGGCUAGGAAACUUGAAUUUAAAGCCAAGGGAGAAGGAAUGCCUACCACAGCCAAGUUGAAAGUGGAUGAGUUUGAAUCCAAUGUCAAUGAGAUCAAGGACCCCUAUCCUUCUGCUGACUUCCCAGGUGAUGAUGAAGAAGAUGAGCCUGAGAUCCCACUGAGCCCAAGACCACGGCCUCUUGCAGAGCUGCAGUUGAAGGAAAAGGCUGUGCCCAUUCCUGAAUCCAGUUCAUUCUUCAUCUUCAGCCCAACCAACAAGAUCCGUGUGCUGUGCCACCGAAUUGUGAAUGCUACUUGGUUCACCAAUUUCAUCCUCCUUUUCAUCCUGCUUAGCAGUAUCUCACUGGCAGCUGAGGAUCCAAUACGGGCUGAGUCCUUCAGAAAUAAGAUUCUAGGGCAUUUUGACGUUGGCUUCACUUCUGUGUUCACAGUGGAAAUCGUUCUAAAGAUGACUACUUUUGGUGCUUUCCUUCACAAGGGCUCCUUCUGUCGCAACUAUUUUAACAUCCUGGACUUGCUUGUGGUCGCAGUCUCCCUCAUCUCCAUGGGCAUUGAGUCUAGUGCCAUCUCAGUGGUGAAAAUCCUAAGGGUACUCAGAGUUCUGCGACCACUUAGAGCCAUUAACAGAGCAAAGGGGUUGAAGCAUGUAGUCCAGUGUGUUUUUGUGGCUAUCAAGACAAUCGGUAACAUUGUUUUAGUCAUGUUCUUGCUCCAGUUCAUGUUUGCUUGCAUUGGAGUGCAGCUGUUCAAGGGGAAGUUUUACAGCUGUACGGAUAUAACCAAGAUAACUGCAGAUGAAUGCAACGGACAGUACAUUACUUAUGUUGAUGCCGAUCCAACACAAGUUGUGCUAGAGGAGCGGAUAUGGUUCCACAAUAGCUUUCACUUCGAUAACGUCUUUUCAGCCAUGAUGUCUCUCUUCACUGUAUCUACUUUUGAAGGAUGGCCUAAACUGCUCUACAUAGCAAUUGAUACCCACGCUGAAGACAUGGGGCCCAUAUAUAAUUAUCGUAUGGGCAUUGCCAUUUUCUUCAUCAUCUAUAUCAUCCUCAUAGCCUUUUUCAUGAUGAAUAUCUUCGUUGGUUUUGUCAUUGUAACCUUCCAAGAGCAAGGUGAAACAGAAUACAAAGACUGUGAACUGGACAAGAAUCAGCGCCAAUGUGUCCAGUAUGCAUUAAAAGCACACCCAUUGAGAUGCUACAUUCCCAAGAACCCCUAUCAGUAUAAGAUAUGGUAUAUUGUGACCUCUUCUUACUUUGAGUACCUCAUGUUCUUCCUGAUCACACUGAAUACCGUCUGUUUGGGCAUGCAGCAUUAUAAUCAAUCAGAGACAAUGGACCACCUUUCAGAUGUUUUCAAUGUAGUCUUCACUCUUCUCUUUACUGUGGAGAUGAUCCUGAAACUGAUAGCCUUCAAAGCUAAGGGCUACUUUGGGGACCCUUGGAAUGUCUUUGAUUUCCUCAUAGUCAUCGGUAGCAUCAUUGAUGUCAUCCUGAGUCAGAUUGAUACAAUUCUUGCUUCCAGUGGUGGUUUGUACUGCCUAAGCGGUGGCUGUAAUGGCAUUACCCAACCACUGAUGAUCCAGGAGGCCAUCAAUGCUGGAGAAGCCACAUCACAGGCUUCUGCCAUAGAUCCUGAUGAAACUGGCCGGAUCUCCAUCACUUUCUUCCGGCUUUUCCGAGUCCUGCGCCUGGUAAAACUGCUAAACCGAAGUGAAGGCAUUAGAAACUUACUCUGGACCUUUAUCAAGUCCUUUCAGGCAUUGCCUCAUGUGGCCCUGCUGAUUGUGAUGUUGUUCUUUAUCUAUGCUGUAAUUGGAAUGCAGAUGUUUGGGAAAAUUGCUUUGGUUGAUGGAACUCAAAUAAAUCGGAACAACAAUUUUCAGACCUUUCCACAAGCAGUGUUGAUGCUGUUCAGGUGUGCCACAGGGGAGGGCUGGCAGGAAAUCCUAUUGGCUGCCAGCUAUGGAAAGCUGUGUGACCCUGAAUCAGAGUAUUCUCCUGGAGAAGAAUACACCUGUGGCACAGGAUUUGCUUAUUUCUACUUCAUCAGCUUCUACAUGCUCUGUGCAUUCUUGAUUAUCAACCUCUUUGUUGCUGUCAUCAUGGACAACUUUGACUACCUCACACGGGACUGGUCCAUAUUAGGUCCACAUCAUCUGGAUGAGUUCAAAAAAAUAUGGGCAGAAUAUGAUCCAGAGGCCAAGGGCCGAAUCAAACAUCUAGAUGUGGUCACUCUGUUGAGACGAAUCCAGCCUCCCCUGGGCUUUGGGAAGUUUUGUCCACAUCGUGUAGCUUGCAAGCGCUUGGUAGGCAUGAAUAUGCCCCUGAAUAGUGAUGGUACAGUUACUUUCAAUGCUACCCUCUUUGCUCUGGUGAGAACCGCCCUCAAGAUCAAGACAGAAGGUAACUUUGAACAAGCCAAUGAAGAGUUGAGGAUGAUUAUCAAAAAAAUCUGGAAGAGAACCAGCAUGAAGCUCUUGGAUCAAGUCAUUCCACCAAUUGGAGACGAUGAGGUGACUGUGGGAAAGUUCUAUGCUACCUUCCUCAUCCAGGAGCACUUCAGAAAAUUCAUGAAGCGUCAGGAAGAGUAUUAUGGCUACCGACCCAAGAAGAAUGCUAUUGAAAUCCAGGCUGGCCUGAGGACCAUUGAAGAAGAAACUGCUCCUGAGAUCAAAAGAGCAAUCUCUGGGGAUCUGACUGCAGAAGAGGAGCUUGAAAGGGCAAUGGUAGAGGCAGCAAUGGAGGAAGGCAUCUAUAGGAGGACAGGUGGUUUGUUUGGCCAAGUUGAUACCUUCAUGGAACCCAGCAGCCCUCUUCCACCCCAUGUGGCCAGCCAGAGACCUCUGCAAUUCACCGAGAUGGGAAGUGAAGAGCUGGAUUCCCCUGUGUUUCUUGAUGAUUUCCCAGCAGGAGGAGGCACCAAUGUGAACAACAGCAACAGCAAUGCCAACAACAAUGCCGCAACCCGGAUGAUGUAUGAGAAUGAAACUAGAAGAGAUAAGACGUUGCCACCAUCUCCUCAGUUAUCUGUUCGAGCUAACAAAUCUUAUGUCCAGCCUAAAAAGCUUCAAGGAAAAAGGAGUGAGUUGCCAGCACAAGGUAUAAAUAGCCAUUCGGAAGUAGAAUAUUCCAUCAUGCAGUUUCCCUCAAAUAAAUCACAGGAGGCGGGUGAUGAUAAACCAUCACAGUCUGCAAGUACAAGUGAAGGAAAGACACAAAGAGAUACAGAUGCCUCUUCUCCAGCCACUAUCCAGCUCAUCCAGGAGGCACUGACCUCUGGGGGACUCAACUCCUUAGCAAAAGACUAUUCCUUCCUGAAAGUUGCAAGAAAUGAGAUGGCUGCUGCCUUCCAGAUGGAGGUGACCGAGGUAGAGGAGGUAGCUGCCACAUUGUUGAAGAGAAGAGAAAGCUCAACUACAUCUCUGUAAAAGUCCCAGACUAUGGCCAUUACAAAUACCAGAUUGUAAGAUUUAGUCCCCAGACCUUUUUUCUCUGGCAGUGCUGCUAUGCAGAGUGACUUGUUUGUCUGCUUUGGGGUGGUUGGUUACCAUGAAAAGCUGUCACUACUGACCUUUGACUGGUUGCUGACUGCAGCAUGAUGAGCAAAUGGAAGAGAUGGGGGAGGGAAUACCUUUUUCCCUUGAAUGUCCAGAGAGGUGAUUUUAGGAGUGGGAUGACCAGGAUAUUUCAAAUGGGGGGCAAUGGGGUAUCUUUCAUCACAGUCUCUACACUUUUGUGAGGCUCCUCUUCCCCUGGCCCCGGCACCUUCGUAACAUAUUGAAAAGCACCCUCUGAUAACUUUGUUCUAAAAAAAGUAACACUGGUUAAAAACUAGCAUUUUUAAUAAACUGAAAGACCCAAGAA